UGUCCGUCUUGCCCGGAUCGUCCUCCCGCAUCAGCACGCAUGUUUUGGCGAUCCGUCGCGUUUACGUUACGUUAUUGAAACCUCAUGGCCGGCGACGAGUCUGUCCUUCGGGAUUCUGAUGAUAGCAAAGUGUCCAUGGUUAUUGGCGUCGCCACCUUUCUCUUGGCCACAUCCACGCUUAUGGUGGUGUUGCGCGUCGUGAGCCGAGCCAUGGUGAAGCAGUUUAGACUUGACGACAUGGCCGCUAUCGCGUCUUUGUUGACCAUGAUAGCUUGUGGUAUUGCGAUAACAUCAAUGACUCGAUUUGGUCUUGGAAGGCAUAUUUCCACAGUUUCUAGUAAAGAUCAGAUUCUCUACCUAAGGUGUUUUUGGGUGUCCGUAUUCUUCUACAUGCUAUCACUAUUCUUCAUCAAGAUGUCAUUUCUAAUCAACUACUACCGGCUCCUCUCUGCCUCCAAACUACGGCCAUACUGCAUUGGAGCAAUGGUACUGAUUGUACUCUGGGGCGGUGGCGUUUGUAUCUUCGUCUUUGUUAUGUGCAUUCCUCUUGCAGGCUUCUGGGACCCAAACGUUGACGCGAAGUGCGUUCCACACACAACCAUAAUGUGGUGGUUCAACGGCGUUUUCAACUCGAUCGGCGACCUAUUCAUCCUGACGCUGCCAAUUCCGGCUCUGUGGCGACUCCAGUUGCCACGCCGACAGAAAGCCUACUUGUUAUUCGUUUUUAGUCUCGGAUUCCUGACUGUGGGCAUUUCCAUCGCACGGAUGCGAUGGCUCAAGAUGGACGCCGACAUGACUUGGUGGAACGUCACCCCUGCGCUCUGGUCUCUCGGCGAGUUGACGUCUGCCAUUUCUUGCUCCUGCCUGCCAUUCUUCAAGCCCUUAACUCUCCGCGUCAAGUCCUUCAUGAGCCGUGCCACUGCAGGUGAUACUCGCCCACAAAUGACUGGCGGCGAAGGAGACAAGGGGGCUAAUGCUCAUUCCAGUGUCGGUGCUGGGCAAAAGGAGUUUAUCCAAAAUAGCAACCUGAUGGUCAGUCUGGAUGGGAGCCAGAACGGGCUGGUUGAACCAGUACCGAAAUAGCAAAUGGUUCUUUUUACUUUGUCUUUCCACUU